CCACGCUCCAGCUGCUGCCACCUCACGCUGAGACUCCGACCAGCACCACCAACACGGACCACAGGGCUGCGCUGCUGCUGCCGCCGCUGGGCUCUCCCGGCCGGGGCUCCGCUUACGCUGAGCGUCCGCAGCUCCGCGGGCUCCUUUUCCCUGGCUGUGAAAGGUUAUAACUGAGUAGCCCCUAUGACCAACAUGAGCUGGAGCUUCCUCACCCGCCUGCUAGAAGAGAUCCACAAUCACUCCACCUGUGGGAAGGUCUGGCUCACCGUGCUCAUCGUCUUCCGCAUCGUCCUGACGGCGGUGGGGGGCGAGUCCAUCUACUCCGAUGAGCAGAGCAAGUUCACCUGCAACACCAAGCAGCCGGGCUGCGACAACGUCUGCUACGAUGCCUUCGCGCCGCUGUCGCACGUCAGGUUCUGGGUCUUCCAGAUCAUCGUGAUCUCCACGCCCUCCGUCAUGUACCUGGGCUACGCCAUCCACAGGAUCGCCCGCUCGGCCGAGGAGGAGAAGAAGUUCAAGGGGUUCAAGAAGAAGAAGCAGUUUGCCCUGAACUGGCAGGCCGUGCGCAACAUGGAGGACGCCAUGGAGGCCGACGAGGAGGAGCCCAUGAUCUCCGACGACGCGGCCGAGCACGAGAAGGCCAAGGCCAAGCCCAAGUGCAAGGAGCAGCAGAAGCACGACGGGAGGAGGCGCAUCCAGCAGGAGGGACUGAUGAAAAUUUACGUCUUCCAGCUCCUCACCCGGGCUUCCUUCGAGGUUUGCUUUUUGAUAGGGCAGUAUUUGCUCUAUGGUUUCGAGGUGGAAGCUUAUUACGUCUGCAACAGGGUCCCUUGUCCCCACACCGUGGACUGCUUCGUGUCCCGGCCCACGGAGAAGACCAUCUUCCUCCUGGUGAUGUACGUGGUGAGCUGCCUGUGCCUGCUGCUGAACAUGUGCGAGAUGUUCCACUUGGGAUUCGGGACCAUCCGCGACGCCAUCCGCAACCGGAAAAUCAACAGCUUCCGGCAGCCCCCCUACAACUACGCCUACCCCAAGAACAUCUCCUGCCCUCCCGAGUACAACCUGGUCGUCAAAUCCGAGAAGUCCACCAAGAUCCCCAACAGCCUGAUGGCCCACGAGCAGAACUUGGCCAACGUGGCUCAGGAGCAGCAGUGCACCAGCCCCGACGAGAACCUGCCGGCGGAUCUGUCCACGCUGCACAAGCACCUGCGGGUGGCCCAGGAGCAGCUGGACAUCGCCUUCCAGAGCUACAGCAGCACCCAGGCCAACACGCAGCCCUCUCGGACCAGCAGCCCCGCCUCGGGGGGCACCGUGGUGGAGCAGAACAGGGCCAACACCGCCCAGGAGAAACAAGGUGCUAAACCCAAGGCCUCCCUGGAGAAAGGCAGCUCCAGCAGUAAAGACGGGAAGACGUCUGUGUGGAUAUAACUCUGUCAGGAAGGCGAGAGGGCGGCGUGAGCGGGGUUUUUAUUUUGGUUUGUUUCUGGUUUUCGGUGUUAUCUCGCGUUUGUUUCGCAGGGCACGGUUUUUGUGUGGAAGUCAAGAGAGUAAAAGGAGUUUCGGACCAAUUUAGUGCUGUCUUCCAGUGCGUUAACAAAAGACAUUUCUUCCCUGUUUCCAACGUGUUCUCCAGCUGGGAACCUCCAGUGAGUAACAGCAAACCCCCCCCAGACCUCCCAGCCCCUGGGUCAGCGCCGGAGCCCCCAGCAGAGACUGGACAAUGAGCUGUGGUGGGAAGAGGAGCUGCUGGUGGCUCAGGAGGGAAGUGAGGCUGACAGGGAUCAGCCACCCUCCUGCAUGGCAAGGCUCGAGUGCUGCAGGCCAGGCAGUGUUUAAUUACUAAACACCCUUAAUCAAAUUAAUUUCUGAUCCUUUGGUAAGAAAACCGCUGACAUGUUGCAGGGACCUUCGUGGCAGGCUCACAGCUGAUGGCCUGCCUGGGCUGGCAGAUGCCAACAAAGGCCUCGUUGGAUGCUGUGAGCCAGAGCUGGCACCCAAGUCAGGUCUGGGGCAGGAACACAGCGACUGCCUCAUACAGGGGAUCCUAAAACCAGUUUCAUCUUUUCUUCCUCUGCAUCAAAGCAAAAAGCAAAUCUGCUCCAAGCCCUCCGGAGCAGGAGCGAGCAGUGACAUUGAGUCCUACUGGUGCCUGUGUAGCACUUGCUACAGAUGUGAUGGGAAUUGUUGCAGUUACAGAGUUUUUAACUGCUGCUUCACAUCAUCAGAAAGUGCCUUUAUGCAACCAGGAAAACAAAAGUCUAAAGGGUUGAGGCUCCUUUACUUGCUGAAUUUUAGAUGAUCGGCGUCGGCAAAUUUGUUUUUCUGAUUAAUUGAGGAAAAGCGCUGUUGGCAAAUUUGUUUUUCUGAUUAGUCAAACCCUUAUAAAUAGUGGCAGGUGGCAGAUCUAUGCAUAGUGUGUCUCCGGUGUGUGUGUGUGUGUCCAUGUGUAAAUACAGACACAUAUGAACACGUGUGUGUGAACAUAGACAUAGAGAGCUAGGUGUAAAUGUAAUAUCAACCCUCUGCUCCUUCUACAGCCUUCCACCUCCCCUGAGAAAACCCAGCUGCUCCAGGGCUGGGGCUGAUCUCAUCCUGGGGCUUUUAGCCUCCAGCUCCUCCUGGGGAACUGGGAGGGUUCCCACACUUGCUGGGGGGGGGCUUUGCAGAAAGUCUGGCUUCAGUGGGGACAGGACCAGGAUAAUAGCAGGAAGUUUUUUCUGAGUUUAUGAGGAAUUUUUUCAGCUGGGCUUGACUUUAGGGUGGUUUUCAUGCACUUACAGUACUUUGGGUGCGUGUUGAAAUCAAGCUGCUGAGCUCCAAGGCUGCUACUGUUCUUUGUCAGAGGGUGUUUUUCAUCAACCCAGAUAGGCAGAGUCUUCAAGAUCAAACCUAUUGCAAAAGAAUUAAUUUCUCCCCGAGCACUGCACUGUCCCUGUGCCAAGCUGUUCCCUCGGGCUGUGCCAGGAUUUCUUAUCCAUGGGAUAUUCCUGACUUCUCACUGGGCAUCACUCUCAUGUCCUUGAGAUCAGUCCCUAACAGCCCUGAGGAUGCCUGUUCCCCAAGUGUCCAGCCCUUUGGCCGUUUUUGGGAACAGGCAGAGAAUUUGGAUAUGUCCAUCUCCUGGGAACUUUGGCUGAGCUGUGUGAUGCAUUAGAGAACAGUCCUGGAAGCAAAAAAAAAACAAAAAAAAAAGUAGAAUUAAAGGGAAAGCAGAGAAACAUCCUACAAAGUAUCCAGCAGCAAACAUUCAGCUUUGUGUAGCUGUCUGGGGAACAAUUCCAGGCUUGCUCCUGGUCCUGCUGAAGGCAUUGGUAAAAUGCCUGGAAUGCUGUUUGCUCUUGCAGCUUGAGACGUUUCCCUCACAAAUGGGUAACUGGAUCCAGGAGGAUCAGAACAGCAGCAGUCAGUAGUGCCAUCCAUCCAUC